AUGACCAUUUUCAAAAAUUCCAAAUUUGCACCCAGCGUUGAGGCGGUCUCGGUGUGGGGAUCGGGAGACGUCAGCCAGAAGGCCCUGUGGGACGACUAUGCCGCGGCCUACCUGAGCCACAAGGACAGCGUCGAGAUGCUCUUCAUCACCGACACCGGCUCCUCCGGACUCUCACGGUUCACAGGUGGCGGCGUGGUCUACACCGUUCUGGGCUCGGUGCUGACGCCCAACAUAACCGCCUCCGUCGCCAACCGAUAUGCGGGCAAGAACAUCCUGCAAAUGCCCUUCCUUGGGACGGCCAUGGUGGCCGGUUACAACCUGCCCACACUCGACGCCGGUGACUCCGUGGUGCUGGACGGCGAAACGCUGGCGCGGAUUUACCUGGGCGAAAUCAGGUAUUGGAACGACUCGGCGAUCGCCGCGCUCAAUGCCGGGCUCGACGCCGACGGCAAGCUUCCCGGCGAGCUCAUCCGCCUCGGCGCCUAUUCAGACGGCACUCUCGAAGUGACCCAGGUGUUUGGCAACAUGAUGUGCAACUUCUCGUCGGCGUUCAAGGCCGCGUACGAGAGCGUGGGGCGGAACCUCACGCAGAUGCCGCCGCGGGCCGACGGCCGCAUGAACAUCACCGCUGGCCACACCGCCCAGGCACUGUUCGUCGCGAAUACCGACUAUUCGCUGGCCUACAUGGACCAAACGUACGCGCUGCGCAACAACGUGACCUACGCGCGCAUGGUCAACAAGGCCGGCAACACGGUGUCGCCCACCGUCGACGCCAUUCGAACAGCCAUGGAGGCCGGCAGCAGCAACGUACAAAACGGCACCUUCACCCUCGACAUCACCAACGCCGACCAGCCCGAGUCGUGGCCAAUGAGCUAUCUCCUCUACGUCACCCUAUCCACCAAUCUUACGAAUCCCGUCACUGGCUGCCCCAGUGUCAAAGAGCUCCUCAACAUUCUGUUCUGGACCCAAACCAACACCGCGGCGGUCGACAUUGCGGGACAGCGCUCGUAUUCGAUUCUGCCGGUGCCGUUAUUCAGGCUGCUGCUCGACGCCUUCCCCAUCGUUCAAUGCAACAGCCGAAAGUCUUUCUCGACCGCCGCCGUCGUGGGCGUCGGCGCGCCGCUCGCCAUCUAUCCCUCUUGGGCAAAUGAGCAGUCGUCCAACACGGAAGUGUUCAAGUACUACAGCACCAGCAGCGACGACGCCGUGAGCAACAUGGUCCAGGGUUUCACGGAUUUUGGUGGGUUGGAUGUGGAGUUGACUGCCCAGGAGGCGGAGUCCCUGCCCGAUGUGGCAGUGGUGCCGAUGGUGGCCUACGCCGUCGCCGCGGCCUACAGCGUCGACGUGUUUGCCUACGGUUCCCUCAGAUUCGACCUUCCCACUCUCGCCGACAUCUACCUGGGCAACAUCAAGUACUGGAACGAUUCGCGCAUCGCCACGCUCAACGUCAACUUGACGUCGUACCUGCCGGCCGCGCCGAUCUGCGUGAUCUACCAGACCAACCCGUCCAUCAUCACCCAGAUCUUCACCACCGUUCUCGCCAACCGCGUCCCGCGAUUCGCUGAAAAGAUCACGCCCGGCAUGCAAGUCACCUUCCCCGACCUCAAUCCGUGUUCCAUCGGCGUUAACGGAAACAUCAUGGAAGAAUUCGCGCAGCCGAAUUCGAUCGGCAUGUGGAUCGUGCCGGACAUCAUCCCGUCGCUCUACGCCGGCCCGAGCUUCAUCGUGACCGAAUCGGGCAACCGCACGGCCCCGCAGCCGGCGCGCGACAUCAUCGCCACGAUGCAGGAGUACGCCGACCCGCUGGCCGACCCGGCCGAGGGCAUCUUCAAGCUCGAGGGCCGGGGCAACACGAGCUGGCCCUUCGUGGUCGGGUCGUCGGUCAUGAUCCACACGCGGCCGACCGACAACUGCGACGCCUCGACUGCGCUGCUCGACUGGAUCUGGUGGACCCAGACCGAAAUCUUCGCCGUAGAGAUGGCCGACAAGUACGACGCGGCCUCUUACGGUAUGGCGGUGGCGAGUGCGAAUGAGGCGGUGAAGCGGCGCAUCCUCAACACGCUGGCGAGCGUGCGGUGUGAUGGGGUGGCGACCUUCUCGCUGGCCGGCUGCGUCUUCAACGGCACCUUCUGCUCCGAUCGCGGCACUUGCACCAACGGCGUCUGCGUGUGCGAUUCCGGAUUCGACGGCGACUACUGCGAGAAGCUGGCGAGCAGCGACGACUCACUCUCCACCGGCGCAGUGCUGGGAAUCGUUCUCGGUGUGCUGAUCCCGUUGAUGUGCCUGCUGCUGAUCGUGGUGCCGCUUAUCGUGAUUGCCGUCGUGCUACUGGUCCUGCGGCUCACCAAGCGCAAGCCCGAGUGGGAGAUCAACCCGGACGAGGUCGAGCUCGGCGAGCCGCUCGGCAUGGGCGGGUACGGGUCCGUCUACAAGGCCCGCUGGCGGGGCACCGAAGUCGCCGUCAAGAUGCUGCCCUCCCACAACCCCAGCAAGGAAAUGAUCAAGAACUUCUGCGACGAGAUUCAUGUGAUGAUGGCGUUGAGGCAUCCCAAUGUGGUGCUGUUCAUGGCGGCGUCGACCAGCGCCGAAAAGAUGUGCCUCGUGAUGGAGUUCAUGGCCCUGGGAUCCCUCUUCGAUGUACUCCAUAACGAACUCAUCCCCGACAUUCCGUUCGCGUUGAAGGUGAAGCUGGCCUACCAGGCGGCCAAGGGCAUGCACUUCCUGCACUCGUCGGGCAUCGUGCACCGCGACCUCAAGUCCCUCAAUCUGCUGCUCGACGCCAAGUGGAACGUCAAGGUGUCCGACUUUGGGCUGACGCGGCUCAAGCAGGAGAUCAAGACCGGGCGCGAGGGCGGCAACGAGGGCCUCGGCUCCAUCCCGUGGACCGCGCCCGAGGUCCUCAACGACCAGCCCCAGCUCGACUUCGUGCUCGCCGACGUCUACAGCUUUGGCAUCAUCCUCUGGGAGCUCCUCACCCGCAGCCAGCCCUAUCCCGGCCUCAGUCCGGCGGCGGUGGCGGUGGCGGUGAUUAGGGACGACGCGCGGCCGGAGAUGCCCGCCGACGGGUCGUUCAUCAUGACGCCCGAGUACGACGAGCUCAUGCGCAGCUGCUGGCACUCCGACCCGUCGAUCCGCCCCACCUUCCUCGAAAUCGUGACCCGCCUCAGCUCCCUCACCGGCGAGAUGUCCUCCUCGUCCCAGGGCGGCUCCUCCUCCUCCACGGCCUCGGCCUACAACCGCCUCAACCGCAGCCACAGCCAGACCAGCUUCCACAACAGCUUGUCGGCCAGCUCCAAGCGCACGCGCGGCAAGCGCGCCGGCUCCAAGGCCGGCAGCGUCGGCAGCGCGGGGAGCGCAGAGUCGUCGGCCGCCGGUUCGAUGUACAACUACCCGCUGGCCAUGAUGCGCGCGACGAACACGUCGGCGACGACGAACGCGGUGCGCGUGGCGCCGCCCACGGGUGCGAUGGCGAUCGUGUUCUCGGACAUCACCAGCGCCGCGUCGCUGUGGGAGUUCGACGCCGAGGCGAUGAAGGACGCCACGCUGGCCCACAACCAGCUCCUCCGGCGGCUUCUGGCCCAGCACCGCGGCUACGAGGUGCGUUCGGCCCGUGAGCGCAACUCGGGCGAGGGCUCGUUCUGUCUGGCGUUCCAGGAGGCCGGCGACGCGGUGGCGUGGUGCGUCGAGGCGCAGACGGCGCUGCUCGAGGCGGUCGAGUGGCCGCCGGCCCUGCUCGGCCACUCGGGCGCGGCCGAGGAGUGGGGCGACACCGACGACCGGGUGCUGUUCAAGGGCCUCCGGGUGCGCAUGGGCCUGCACUGGGGCGAGCCGCGCAUGGGCAAGGACCCCACCACGCGCCGCAUGGAGUACUACGGGCCGCCCGUGAACGCGGCGGCGCGCAUCACGGCCAUGACCCACGGCGGCCAGGUGGUCCUGUCCGACGCCCUGCGCGCGCGGCUGCUCUCAGAGCCGAAGGCGGCCGACCACCUCCGCAUGCUCGAUCUCGGCAAGUUCGAGAUGCACGACUCGCCCAACGGGACGGGUCGGCUGUAUGAGGUGAAGGUGCCGGGGCUGGAGGGCCGGUUCUUCGGCGGUGUGACGACCCAGCGACAGAUCGGGGCCGACGAGGCCGGCGACGGCAGUGGUGCCGACAACAACAAUAAUUUGAACGAUGGCGAUCCGGCGGUGCAGACGGCCGUGGGCGAGGGCCUGACCAACGAGGACCGGUUCCUCACCUCGGCCAACCUCUGCCGCUGGGUCAUCAACUUUAACGAAAUCGGGAUGGGGUCGUACGGGGUUGUGUACAAGGGCACGUGGAAGGGUGUGGAGGUGGCGGUCAAGAGGUUCAUCAAGCAGAACCUCGACGAGCGCCGCCUGCUCGAGUUCCGCGCCGAGAUGGCCUUCCUAUCCGAACUCCAUCACCCCAACAUCGUCCUCUUCAUCGGUGCGUGCGUGCGGAUGCCCAAUCUGUGCAUCGUGACCGAGUUCGUGCGCCAGGGCUGCCUGAAGGACAUCCUGGGCAACCGCAGCGUGAAGCUGACGUGGCAACAGCGCCUGCGGAUGCUCAAGAGCGCCGCGCUCGGGGUGAACUACCUCCACUCGCUCCAGCCGUGCAUCAUCCACCGCGACCUCAAGCCCUCCAAUCUGCUCGUCGACGAGAACUGGAACGUGAAGAUCGCCGACUUUGGCUUCGCCCGCAUCAAGGAAGAGAACGCGACCAUGACCCGCUGCGGCACGCCCUGCUGGACUGCACCGGAGGUCAUACGCGGCGAGAAGUACGCCGAGAAGGCCGACGUCUACUCCUUCGGCAUCAUCAUGUGGGAAAUGCUCACUCGCAAGCAACCGUUCGCGGGGCGCAAUUUCAUGGGGGUGUCGCUGGAUGUGCUGGAGGGCCGACGGCCGCAGGUGCCGAGCGACUGCCCGGAGGGCUUCCGUCAGAUGGUCGAGCGCUGCUGGCACGCCAAGGCCGACAAGCGGCCGGCCAUGGACGAGCUCCUCGACUUCUUCGACAGCCUCAUCGGCGAGACCUCCCGAGGCCUCAACGCCGUCUAA